CACGACAACACUUAAUAGAGCAACAAUAAUGGCGCCGUCCAGGGACAGCAACGUGAAAGAAGAAAGCAGCCAGGUUUCAUAUAAGAAAGAUAUAAAUACUAAAACCGAUCGUAUAAUUCAAAACAGGAAACAUGCUAACGACAUAUUUGACGUCAUUGAAUAUUUACAGUCCGAGAAGGAAAAGGAAAUAAUUUUCGCCACUAAUGCUUGCAGUAAGAUUUUCUGUGAGUUGUUAGACAAAGGAGAUCUCCAUGUUGGUGAGCUGCCUAAAGAAGAGGACCUCAUGCAUGGUGAUCGCAGUGCUGAAGAGAAGUACCAUAUAUUUAUGAGACACCGUUACAACAGUUGUGUGGAACUACUUCUGGAAAAUAUAGGCCAUGAAGAUUUCCAAGUGAAGGAGAUGUCCCUCUGUGCCCUGAUGAAGUUUGUUGCAGCGGAAGGCAAACACCCUCUCCAGAAUUUGGACUGGUGUGAACACUACAACUUUCCCAGGGAGCUAAUACUGGCCCUGGUGAAGCAUCUUCUCUCGGAGAAAGAGGACAUGUCACUGCUCAUCUCCAGGUUUCAAGAGUUUAUGGAGAAGGAUGAUGUGCGCUACUACGUCAUGAGUUCAGUACGAGACAACAUAACCAGAGUUAUGGGCAGAAACAAAAGGGAUGUGAUUCCUGUAUAUCAGAAUAAUGUGUUCACACUCCUCUCAACCAUCAACAUACCCAGCCAAGCAUCAGAAAUGACAAAUUUCCUUGUCAAACAAGAGAAAAAACAUGAGGAUUGGAAAGCAGCCAGAUUAAAGGAGCAUAAACGAGCUUUUGAGCAAAUGUGGUUGGUGUUUCUCAAGUACAAGUUACCUAGCAGCAUGUACAAGAAGAUCCUGGUCAUCCUUCAUGAAUCUAUACUGCCACAGAUGGGUGAUCCCACAAUGAUGAUUGACUUUCUGAGCGCUGCCUAUGAGAUUGGUGGAGCGAUCAGUUUGUUGGCUCUGAACGGCUUGUUUGUCCUCAUCCAUGAACAUAAUUUGGAUUACCCAGAUUUUUAUAAAAAGCUGUACAAUCUGCUGGAUCCCUCUAUCUUUCAUGUCAAGUACAGAGCACGUUUUUUCCAUCUGGCAAACAUUUUCCUGUCUUCAACACAUCUGCCAGUCUACCUGGUGGCAGCGUUUGUGAAGCGUCUCGCUCGUCUGUCUCUCACAGCGCCACCUACAGCUCUCCUCAUACUUCUGCCAUUCAUCUGUAAUCUCAUUCGCCGGCACCCCUCAUGCAAAGUUCUCAUCCACAAACCCAGUGCUGCAGAAGAGCCUUGCGAUGACCCAUAUGUGAUGGAAGAGAAAGAUCCGGCUCAGUGUCAUGCUCUGGAGAGCAGCCUGUGGGAGAUCAAGACAUUACAGAAGCAUUACCAUCCAGAUGUGUCCAAGGCCGCCAUGAUGAUCAAUGAGCCUCUUUCUGAACAGGAGGAUGACAUCAGUGUGCUGCUAGAGCUCUCUACUUUUGAGCUAAUGGAGCGAGAACUCAAGGCUGAAAGGAAGACGAUACCGCUGGAGUUUGACACAGCCACCGAGCUCCUGAAGAGCUCCAGAGAGGUGCUUGGAGUGCACUUUUCUCUAGAGUAGCCACACUUUUUUGUGCUUUUCAAAAUCUAUUCUAUGUAUAAAAAUGUUUGUGCAUCAACUAUGGUAGUGCUUUCCCCAGUCUGAAGAAAUAAACAUUUGUACAAAUAA